CAGCGACCAUGCCCCGUCCUACGAAUAGAGAGGAGGCCCUUGCGCGCCUUCGUGAGACCAUUGCGUCGGGGAGCAUAGUUCUCGGAGCCGGAGCAGGGAUCGGCCUCUCGGCGAAAUUUAUCGAGAAGGGAGGCGCCGACCUCAUCGUCCUCUACAACAGCGGGCGCUUCCGCAUGGCAGGACGAGGCUCCCUAGCGGGACUCAUGCCGUACGGCGAUGCGAACGCCAUCGUCCUCGAAAUGGCGAACGAGGUGCUCCCCAUCGUGGAACGCGCAGGCGUCCUCGCGGGAGUCUGCGGCACCGACCCCUUCCGCUCCAUGCCGCGCUUCCUGCGGCAGCUCGCGGACACCGGCUUCUGUGGCGUGCAGAACUUCCCGACCGUCGGGCUCAUCGACGGCACUUUCCGCCAGAACCUCGAGGAGACGGGCAUGGGGUACGCGCUCGAGGUCGCGAUGAUCGCCGAGGCGCGCGCGCUCGGGCUGCUCACGACGCCGUACGUGUUCGACGUGCCGCAGGCGCAGGCGAUGGCGCGCGCGGGCGCGGACGUGCUCGUUGUGCACAUGGGGCUCACGACGGCGGGCAGCAUCGGCGCGCAGACGGCGGUGUCGCUCGACGACUGCGUGCGCACGAUCCAGGCGUGCCGCGAUGCGGCAGUGGAGAUCAACCCCGAUAUCAUCGUGCUAUGCCAUGGCGGGCCGAUCGCGCGGGCGGGGGACGCGGAGUACGUGUUGGGCAGGACGAAGGGGGUGCACGGGUUCUUCGGCGCGUCGAGCAUGGAGAGGCUCCCGGCGGAGGUUGCCAUCGAGGAGAACACGAAGGAGUUCAAGCGUCUGCAACCCAGUCUGUGAUCCUGCAUCGUUGCGUGAUGUGUUCAGUGCGUCCAUGUGAAACGGGGCAGCGAGUACGGCAUUGUUAGCUUUCUUCACCAUCCUAGCUUUCCGACGCCACAGGCGGUCGUACAUCUUGGCAGUGGCCAUGGAAUGUAGAUGAUGUAUUGGCCGAUAGUGUCUUGACAUGGGUAUGUCUUCAUAAGCAGGGGGGUCGGUCAGUGGCAAUACAGGAAGCCCUUACGUUAUCCUUA